AUAACAGAAAUGAACAUUCAUUUCAUUUGGAAGAGUGUGCCUGGACGAUUAUGGAGGAAGAGCAAAACACAGCAAAGGGAACAUCAAGUUCUGGCAACACAAAAGGUGUUGUUGAAGGUGAAACAACUUUAGCAAACCAACUGACUUUCAAUCAAUCACAAGAGACAGUUUCUACUGUUUCAAAUGCAGGAAACCAGGCCGAUGAGAGAACAGAGACGAGAGGAGGAGCGCCAAAUACGAAGGAGCCUUCUCAGUCUGCCGAACCUGUUCAGAAUAACUUAUCUACAAAGUCGACAGCAAAUCCUUCUGAAGGAAAAAGUACCCAACCAACUCCACCAGUAGUGAAUCCUUUGGACCAUCACGCUAACGAAAGAACUUUCAACUCUUGGCAAAGAACUUCUGCUGCAUAUCUUGUGAUUGGUAUAGCACUAGCCAAAUUUUUCAAAGGUCUUACAGCUAUUGCUGGUUUCAUUUUCUUUUUGAUUGGUUGUGUCAUUGUAGUUUUUGCAGCUCUUCGCUUUGAAUCUAAGAGAAGGCAUAUUGACAAGUUUGAAUAUCCUGCUGAGACAGUGGGUCCUUGGAUAGUCACUUUGUGUACUGUUGGAGUAGGCGUAUUGUCGCUGGCUGCUUUGUGGUUGGGAGGCAAGCCAGCCUUCAUAAAGAACGGAAGGCUCUUUUUCUAACAUUGGCGAGUGAUGGAUACAUAAUGUUAUCAAACAGAGUUGCUACAAAGAAUAAUAUUUGAUGGCUUUUUUCCAACUUGAUGCAAAUUCGUUCUUGAACAGACAAAAAUGGUUUGUUAAUGGCCAUUGAUUACUCGAUU